AUGAUAAAAUCUUAUUUUAUUUUUGUUUUCAUCAGUAUUAUUAUUGGCGUCAGUGUUAGUGUUGACAAUGACAAAUGCGCAAGGGCGUCACUUAUUGACUGUAAAACGUGUAUAGCCGUAGACCCUGGGUGUGCCUAUUGUAAAAACAACAAACGAUGUUUUGCACAUGAUAUUAUAUCAACAGAAUGGCCAUGUAAAGCAUCGGAGUUACAGAUUAAAACAUGUUUUGCUGAUGCUCAAACAUUACUUAUUAUUCUUGGUUCAGUUGGUGGUGUUGUUUUAAUUGCUAUUAUAGUUAUUAUAGUGUGCCUUUGUAAACGAUGCAAACGACGUGCAAUUCGAAAAGAAGAAAAGAGAGAAGGUGUAUACAGUCAACGACUAGGCGACCGACGAGCUCAAGCUGAAGUUCGAUCAGCCGAAAGAAAUGUAGUAGCUGAUAAUCUUCGAAUGAAAUAUGGUCUUUUGAAAGCAAAAGACGAUGGUGCAGAUUAUAAACGUAUGAGUUAA